AUGAGGCCACAAGGUGUGCCGUGCCAGCGGAAGUGCAGCGUGGGCCUGGAGCGGCGAGCGAGGCUCCGGGGGGCGAGGACGUGUAGAAGGAAGGGACCCCGGGCUCAGCCGGUCCUUGGAUGCCUUCACCGUCGCCCUCAACCUGACCUGCGAAGAAGACCAACAGUGGUACACGUCGACCAAGGAGCUACAACUGGCAUCUAGGCAGUUCUGUACGGCGUGUCGGGAGGUGGCGACCUUGCACUUGAGGGUCGAUGAUGAAACUCCGGGCCGGCUGUUGGAUCCUGCCGAUGCACCUUCUUCGACGGAGGAUUGCGGGGGUUCGACACGCGUUCCACGUUUUCGAGCAAGCCGUGUGACGUGGAACCGCACUUCCUCGUUGGAUGAGUUGACUCGACCUAUCUACGCGUUAUCCGAUGUGAAAUUCUUUGAGUUCGGUCCUGACGCAACUAUCAGUGUCGAGCGUGUAGCAUGGUCGCCUCGAGUCAAGUCACUGGUGUUCGGAGAUCGCUUCAAUAAGCCGAUCACCCGGGUUGAAUGGCCGCCGGAGUUGCGGCAGAUCACGUUCGGUCUUGACUCCAACCACCUGACUGAAGAGGCACGCCCUCGAGCACCAUGGCCGGCAGUGUUUAGGCAUUUCGGUGGUGGUGCCGAUUUCAAUCAGCCGAUAGAUGACGUUGCGUGGCCGGCGUCGCUGCAGGAGCUCACGUUUGGGGCAUGCUUCAACCAGUCCGUCGAGCGUACCGGAUGGCCGAGAAAACUGCAGGUGAUAGGACUUGGAGAUAGCUUCAACCGGCCCGUAGAAGAAGUGAACUGGCCAGCAUCGCUCCGGGAGCUCACGUUCGGGCAUGGCUUUGACCAGCCGAUCACACGGGUUGCAUGGCCGGCGCCCCUGGAGCAUCUCACGUUUGGAGAUAGCUUCAACCAGCCCAUGGAGGGUGCAGGAUGGCCCAGUAAACUGAGGGUCAUCGCGUUUGGAAAUGGCUUCAACCAACCGAUAGAAGACGUAGUAUGGCCUGCGUCGCUGCAGAAGAUCACGUUCGGACAUGC